AUGUCAGAACACGUCUUACUCAUUCAUGGUGAUUUACUCACCAAGGAACAGCUUGACACAGUUUGUGAUACACAAAGAAUUGAGAGCACACCAAAAAAUAGAUUUCAGUUAUUUCACUACAAAAUGGCAUGCACAGACGUAAUAUGGAGGACAUACCUUCAACCUAAAGAAGGCCGAGAUGACUCAAAUAGCAUGUUCCAGCAUGUAGGCAUCUUGCAACCACAAGAGACAGGGCGGAUAUCCACAAAACCUGGUUUCAGAUGCAUGCAUGACAUUGUAAUGAUGGUUUUAAGACAGCCAGUCGAAUGGCAAACACUGGAGAAGUUUGGAAAAUCGGAGGUGGAGUGGGAUCUCCUUGUAGAGAUGUCUGAAGUGAUUGUUCACAAACCAGUUAGUGAACAGGACCAGCAAUUUGAAAACCAAUGUCUUCGGAAUCGGGAUCAGCUACUCUAUGUCGAUAUCUGCCAGGCCAUGAAUGCUGGUGAUAUCGGACAAGUUGAGGCAUCUUUCCUACCAUGGAUCUACAUAUUUUGUGUGACCGGCAAGCAUAAGUAUGCGGCACAAAUCAACAAAUUUUCAAUGAACUUACAAUACACAUAUCCCAAAGACCUUUGUAACAUAAUACAUCUCAACUUACUUUGCAAUCCUAUGGGAAAGUCCAAUGCUUUUUGA